CGUCUGCUCUGCAGAAAAGCAACAGGAUGAAGGUGUGUGAGCAACUAGGGCUGCUGUGUCUCAGCUUGCUCAUCUGCAGUCUUCAUGGAGAAGAAAUCGAUGGUGGAGAGAGCAUGGACACACCAGUAAUGUUUGAUGAGGAGGAUAUUCCUCAGCUUCAGAUGUACAGAGUGCGACGACAGACUGAGGAGGAAAAUGCAGAACAGACAGAAGUUGCCAUGCAAAAGAGAGAAAAAGGCAAGACUGGGAAACCAAAACGUCCACGUUCAGGAUACCUUUCCGUUUUACGAGACAAUGGAGGGCCCGAGUCAGACAUCAACCUUCGUGUCAAGAGGCAGGAGAAAAUCAAGAACAACAAACGGAAAAAACCACGUCCUGGACAAUUCAGCCUUUUAGGAAGCAGUAGACCAGACCAGCAGACUGUCCGUGCCAAAAGAGAGGAGACUGCUGGAGGGAAAAGUCCCUGACCAAAAGGUUCAACCAUGAAAUGGAUCCAGUGCUUUUCCCCAGGUUCACUGAAUAAGGAAUUGCACAGACACACAUCACCAUAAUAUAUCAGAAAUAGUGUGUAAGCCUCAGGAUAUGUUUGUGAAAGUAUUCAUUUAUCGUUCUAUAGCCAUCUUUUCUAAGCAAAUGCAUUUGCUGGAUUCUGUAAAGCUAGAAGUGGACUCUAGGCGGCAGCAUUUAUCCGAGAGAGGAGCGCUCGAUCGCUGGCUUGGCUAUUUUAUUAUUUUUUUUAAACGUGAUGAUAAUUGAUGCCUGUUGAUUUUUAUAUUGUAUUUACAAUAAAGCAUUUCUUAAAAAUCA